UACCGUGACUAACGCAACAUCGAAACCAAAAAUCGAGAAAAACUGAACGACAUAGGGAGCAUAGAGAGAGAGGUGGCUUAGUGGCACCGUUCGAAGAUGCAGCUACCGCGCAUGCAUGAAAAUCUAGAUGUCCCGUAUGGGAACCCAGGCGACGGUCGCGCGUAGACCGGCCGCAAUGAUUAGUAAAAUGAGAUGCUCUCCAUCAAGCUGAAUGAAAAUCGCUUUGUCGUCGAAGACGUCUCUUUACUGAACUCAGAAGUAGUUAACAGUUAUGCUCCCGAUCAUAGCAGUCGUGAUAAAAGACACCAUUGGUUUGCUCGUGAGCAAAGGAAGAGACUGGGUAGUAGAAAAACUGAAAGAUGGCGAUGUAACAGAUAAAAAAUUCCGUUCUUUGCUCAUUCGGGAAAUAGACAACAUCUCGUCGAAGUUAGAUGCACUUGCAAGGCAGCAUCUGUUAACAAGCAUCAGCUUCUUCAAACAAGGAUUGGUGUAUCUUUUUACCUUGCUGGACGAGGGAAGAGUUCUCCGUCUGAACGGGAUCGCUCUCACAAGUCCAGGAACAUGUUCAGCUGCGCGCUUUCGAUCAGAAACUACUGUAGAUACAGCUUCCGCUAUUGUCGACAGUCUGAAAAAGAUGCAGCUCGCUGGCUUGAGUGAUUCACACAAAAGGGCGCUUAUCGACGCCAAGGAAGCAUUCAAAACAGCUUGUCUGGAAGCAACAAAAGCCUUCAACAACGAAGCUUUGAGUACCACUGAUCGUAUCAGAGCCAUGGCUAUUCGUGCUGCGGCCAAAAUUCUGGAGAAGGUAGAUUAUCCUGAAGACGCAAUAACCGCAUGCUUGUUGUAUCUAGAGGAGCUGAACUCAAUGCCGGCCGUUCAGGGAAGUUUUAAGAUUGAGGUAGAAAAGAGCUUCAUGGCUUAUUUCAACCAAGCUGAGCGCAGAGGUAUCAUAUGCAGUGUCUGCAAGAUAAAUCGUAUUAUCUACGAUUUCACGCAAACAGUGGACAAAGGGAUACCCUUGUUGUUGUGGCCCACAGUUGAUACCGGAAAUAACAAAUUUGAUCCACUGCGUGACGUGAGAGUGACUGAGAUAACUCACGAGCAGGGCACGGAACACUGUUCCGUUUCACCGCAGUCAUUUAGUCAGAGAGAAGGAGAGGAAAACAGCUUGAAAUUACCGAGUUGUAUCGCUGCAAACUUAAGCGGCAAAUUUAUCUUUGGAGACAACUGGGACAAAACUGUAAAGAUGUUUGACAACAGAGGCAAGUUUAUCAAUCUUUUUAGUCUACCUGUCGACUCAUUCAGCGCGAAGUUACCAGUCCGUGACUUGGCCACCGACUCGAAUGGGAAUAUUUAUGUGCUUCUCCAAGAGAAAACACCCGAGACAGAGAGACAGAUAGAGAAAUUUGAAAUUUACGUCUUCACUGAAAAUGCUGAAUUCCAUCACAAGUUAUCUCUCAGAGAAGGAUUCUGGACAAAAAUGAUUGUCAACGACAAGAGCAAAGUAGUGUUACUCGAAGAGAUCAGUAGAAUCGAAGAUUUAAUUCAUGUGUACGAGAACGAUGGACAGUUUUUUCGAAGUUUCGGAAAGGGAAUAUUGAAAAUAGUUUUGGAUAUCACUGCUAUGAAUGAUGGUCAUGUUAUGGUUCUGGCUUUGGAAGAUUGGAGCGCUAACUACGCUUAUGUUCAUAUAUUCAGUGAACACGGCCACCAUCUUAACGUGUUUAAACUCAGAAAUUAUGAUUUUACUCGCUUUACGUUUUAUUUGGCCAGUAAUCUUAUCGUCGUUGCCGGAAAUAACAGAAUGGAAAAAGUCCUCCAUGUCGACAUUUACUCUAAAGAUGGAGAGUUUGUGCGCUGUACACAGCUUGAUGGACAAAUUUCUGAUUUCCACUUAAAAGAGAUCGGAGUGAGCAAAGAAGGACACAUAGCUUUACUAAGUUACUCAGCGCGACACCUCAACAUGUGGAAGGUUCUUACUGUUUGAAAAUAGGAUACAGGGUACGAUAUUGUCGUGUGUUCUCAAAUGGUGAUAUAAAAGAGUAAUUGUCAAACUUCUAAAAGUGGGUUCAUGUACUGUUUUGGCCACAGUAAUAGGACCUUAAGCAAACCAAGACGGCGAUGGCAACAAAAGAUCUAAAGGGCAGAACAAUAGCUCAGCACGUUCGUUUUAAAACUUUGUACACUUUUUAACCAUCCUCUGCAAAACAAUGACGUGAAAUCACCAAAAUUUGCGUGGUCUGAGAGCGGAAAGCACGACCGAAAAAAACUUUAAGUUUCCAUUUGGAACUCAACGCUGCUCACCUACGUUAUGUUAAGUUGAAGUGAAAUGCCGUAAGAGACGGUAGAAACAUCCAAACAUUUGCGAAAUUCAGUCUAACUAAAAUUAGCAAUCAAAUUUUAAUCGCAGUAAAUGGCUUGAACCCGGGGGUAACAUGUGAAGGUGUAGUCUGAU